AUAGUAAUAGCUUUCGCUAAUUCUCUGUGAAACAGGUGAAUGAAACUGCCCUCGACAACCCGGUGUUUCAGCUGACAGUAGGAGCUACAGAGGUGAGGUUUAGAUCUGCCCCAACAGCUACACGAAGACUUUUAUUUUGAAAAAGACCGGAAAUAACAGCCACACACACGAUGAUCAGCUGACUGAGAUGUUGACAAAGCAAGUCGGCUGCCGGUGGUGGAAGCAAAACCCCCUCGCUGACAAUUUCGGCGGAGUUUUAGUCUUGCCUGGCCUGUGAUCCAUGUAUAGGUGAGCAAGAAGAGAGAGUAAACGCCAGGAAACCUCCCUGCGGUCGGCAUGGACAUCCAGAACGAGAGGAGAAGGCUGCUGGAUGCGGAGGGUGGAGAUGAGGAUCCUACAGGACUCAUAUCUGAGCAGGAUGCUUAUCUGAGUAAAGUGAAAAACAAGAACUUGUACCUGGCGACGUUUGUCUCUGUUCUGGGUCCCAUGAGCUUCGGGUUCGUGUUGGGAUACAGCUCUCCUGCCAUCCCCGAACUUACCAGGAUCGCGGACCCUCGGCUGCGGCUGGACGAUGUCCAGGCCUCCUGGUUUGGGUCCAUAGUGACGGUGGGCGCGGCGGCGGGCGGCCUGCUGGGCGGUUGGAUGGUGGGGAAGGUCGGCAGGAAGCUCAGUCUGAUGUUCUGCUCGGUGCCAUUCGUCUUUGGUUUCACCAUCAUCAUCGCAGCACAGAACGUGUGGAUGCUUUACUUCGGCAGAGUGCUCACCGGCCUCGCCAGCGGGGUCACAUCACUGGUCGUCCCGCUGUAUAUCUCUGAGAUGGCACACGAGCGGGUACGCGGGACGUUAGGCUCCUGUGUGCAACUCAUGGUGGUGCUCGGCAUCAUGGGAGCGUAUCUCGCAGGUCUCUUCCUGGACUGGCGCUGGCUGGCGAUCUGCAGCUCCAUCCCGCCUACGCUGCUGAUGGUCUGUAUGUGCUUCAUGCCAGAGACGCCCCGGUUCCUGCUGUCACAGGGCAAGAGGCGGGAGGCCGAGGAGGCGCUACGCUUCCUGCGAGGACCGGACGCCCCCGUCGAAUGGGAGUGCGCCCGCAUCGAGGACGCCUGUGAUGAGCAGGGCUCAAGUUUCCAGAUGUCCGACCUGAAAGACCCUGGUGUCUACAAGCCUCUGGUGAUCGGCGUCAUGCUGAUGUUAUUUCAGCAGAUGACGGGUAUCAAUGCUAUCAUGUUCUACGCUGAGAACAUAUUUGAACAGGCACAUUUUCAGGAGAGUGACCUGGCUUCAGUGAUCGUGGGUCUGAUUCAGGUCGUCUUUACAGGAGUGGCAGCGCUGAUCAUGGACAAAGCUGGAAGGAAAGUCCUUCUCAUCAUCUCAGGUGUUGCCAUGGCGAUCAGCACCACAGCGUUCGGGGUUUACUUCUACCUGAUGUCCAAACUUCACAGCACCGCCUCGGUGAGCCUCUUGAUGCUGGACAACCAGAGCAAGGCUGGCGAAGAACCCCACGCUGACCUGGCCUGGCUGGCCCUGGCCAGCAUGGCCGUCUUCAUCACAGGUUUUGCUCUUGGGUGGGGUCCAAUCCCGUGGCUGGUUAUGUCGGAGAUUUUCCCCGUCAAAGCGAGGGGGGUUGCCAGCGCUGUCUGCGUCCUCGCCAACUGGAGCAUGGCGUUCAUCGUCACCAAAACCUUCCAAGACAUGAUGAGUCUUCUAACCAGCGCGGGAACCUUCUGGCUGUUCGCCUCCAUGUGCAUCAUCAACGUCAUCUUCACCAUGGCCUUCAUCCCAGAAACAAAGGGCAAAACACUGGAGCAGAUCGAAGCCACUUUCAGAGGGACAUCAGGUCCAUGAAGCCUCCCACCUGCCAAAAAACAUCCCACGUGAAAAAUCUGACUGGUCCUUGGGACACUGUGAGGGCAUUUCAAAAAUCUUUUUUUAUUUUAAAUAUUUUAAAUUUUAUUUGUUUUUAUCACAGAAACAACUCAACCUAAUGCAGACUGAUACAAGCACUGUAAUGAAUCCUGCCUUCACGGUGGUUGUAAGUGUUUUAGAGAGGUGUUGAUUCAAAUUGUAUGAUCAUUUUGUAGCUUAUGGUGCUGUUGAACUGUAUGGCUGAGAGGUGUUUCUAAUAUUUUCUCCAUCCCAAGUAUAUCAGUGAGGUUAGACCAGACAUGGGCAAACUACGGCCCGCGGGCCACACACGGCCCUUUGGGCUUAUUAAUCCGGCCCGCCCAAACGUGACCAAAUUAUAUUAAAAUAGGUACGGGUAAACCUUGUUCAAUUUACCUUUCCGCUGGAAUCAGAAUCAGAAUCAGAAAUACUUUAUUGAUCCCCGAAGGGAAACUCUUUGUUACAGCAGCUCGCCUUUACGUCAGUGCACACAAGAGAAAGCAAAAAAUAUAAUACAAUACACUAUAAAAACAGGUCAGAAUAAUGCCCACGUUUCCCCAAAAGAUGGCGCACUUCAGCUACAUUGACCUUGUUCGCAUGUAUUACUCUCUUCUUCUCUUAUGAGCCCUUCUGCAAAAAUGAGCUUAUCAAAGAAAAGAAACGUGGAUAGUGAGCGCCGAGUGUUUAAUACGGAGCGGACAACAAAAUCUUUUUUCACUGAAGUCCGAUCAAAGGCUGUCUGCCUAAUAUGCCAAGAAACUGUCGCGGUUUUCAAAGAGUACAGUAUCAGUCGUCACUUUGCUACGAAGCAUGCCAACUACGCUAGCAAGCAGUCAACGCAGGAACGGACGGCCCGGCCCCUCUGUCGAAUUUUAGAACCCACUGUGGCCCGUGAGUCAAAAAGUUUGCCCAUCCCUGGGUUAGACUAAACUGGCAAUUGGGUGUAAAUCAUCUGUUUCCGUAGGAAGUCUGACCUUGAUAAUCACGCCAUUCAAUACAGUUUUCAGGUCAAAUCCUUUAAAUGUUACGUUUUAUGCAGAGUAACAACAUAUCUAACAGCAACAAAAUAAUCAGAAAAUGUUACUGGACUAAAAACUGGACUAAAGCACUCAAUUGCAGAGUGACUCCCAGUGAGAAGAUUCAGCACAGGUUUAGUGUCUUGUUCAAAAACACUUGGAUUGGAUGGGACACUGUGGCUGUGGUGGAGAUGAACCUGCAUCCUCAGAGUGCUGCUACCUCCAGUAACCCUCUACACUGCCCCCUGCAGGUCUCACUGCUGUAAUUCACCUCAAAGUCUACACAUUUAAAUUCUUCUGUGCAGGUUUAAAAUAUCCUUUCUUUGGACAGUUUGACAUUUAACCAGCUUAACAGAAAACUAUAAAACUGAAAAUAAUGUGCAUAGUAAAAGUUAUAACACUGGGGUUUUUACACAGGUUAGCAGCAAGUAUCAGAGUGAAAUUGGUGUUAAAGGUAUACUCCAACCCCAAAUCUUACUUUUGAGCAGCCUAUCAAAGACUUUUUGUAAAGAGAAAAGAAGCAGUGGUAAGCUUGAAAUAAUGUCAGGUACAAUAGAUUCCAAAGGUGUCGAGCUUUUACUGUGGAAAAAACAAAACAAAAUGUCCAUAGAUGUUUCUCAAACUGCUGCUGCAGCAUGAUGAACUUUUCCACUGUUCCAGUUUUCACCAGCUAUGGUUAAAACGCAGCAUCUGUCUUAAUGCUCGUGUAUCACCCGUUUGAGUUUAUUAUUUCGGCAGGUUGAAAUCUGUCCUUAAACAGAUGUUAGUUUCCUACACCGAGAACACGUUUGGUCGAAAUGUUCACAUUAUUUUCAUUAUUGUAGGGAAUACAGAGACUUUUUGAAACAGUAUAGGCGUUCACUUAGUUUGAUUCAGUGCCAAAAGCAUCAGGAUUGUUUUCUUCCUUCUCUAGGUCAGAAUCGUUGCUUCUUAAACGCAAAACAAAGUGCAUCGAGAAAGAAUUUUGCAGAAGCUUUAUGGUACUGAUGUUUUGGGAAGCGAGUCUGCUGUUUACACUGACUGUGCUGACUGUUAAUUUAACUGUGUAGUUUACAUCAUCAGAGAAAUGAAGUGAAACUAAACAGAUUCUGUGAUGCAAAACGUUUUUCUAACAUCUAUCAUAUCAUCAAUAUAAUGAAAUACAGCCAACUCUAAACUAUUUUAUAAGAAACAGUAUGGGUUUGAUUUUGUAAAUUUUUUUGUAAUAAUUUUCUCUUGGGAUAUUCUUAAGAGUGGAAAGGAAAUGUUUUAAGCAUUAUCGGACUUCUACACACUUGAGAUGAUGAUGAUAUUCAAUUUCAUACUCAAGAAGAAGUGACUUCUCUGAAGAAAACAGAUCAUCCAACUCAGUUUACAGUUUAUAUGAUUUUUAUGUCCUUUUGUCUCUUGUUUGUCUCUCUGUGUCUGUUUUUGGUGUUUGUUUGCUAUGAGUUCAGUGAAGCUAUGAACUAGAUAAACCAUUCCACUCUUCAGACCCUUUUUCUGGUGUUUGUAAUAUAUAUAAUUUACAAAUUCACUCUGAAUUCAGUCCGAACAGGAUCAAAUGAAGCUCUUUGACUCAGUUUCUCCAUUAUGAAUUUCCUGGUUUGUGUUCGUUAUCCCGGUGUGAAACUGAAUCGUACCAUAAACUGUCUGUGAAUAAAAUCACUGUGUUGUUUUGAA